AUGCCGGAGCCGUCGUCGUCUCGUCCGCUGCGAUGGAUAGAAUCCUCCAGCAUGGCUUCCGCGGAGAACAAAGAAGCCAACUCAACAGACCAAAAUGAAUCGAAGACGCGGGUGCGUCGACAGCCGCGACAGCGCAAAGGCCCUCCCCAGCUGCAAUUCGUCACUGCGACCGACCCAUCCGACUUCAAGGGCGAGAAGGCGAAGCGAAGCGUACGGUCUCAGGCUAUGAUCCAGUACAGAUACCAAUCGACGGAGCAGAAGAAGCAGAACAAGAAGAAUCAGGAUACCCAGGUCAAACGCUCGCGCGCGCAGCCGGUGGAGCGCGUGGUCCCCGCAGGACAGAACAACGACGACGACGACGUUGUCCUGUUACCCCGGCACGACUCACAAUCGCAUGCAGACGAGUGGUGGAUCUCGCAAGGCCACGAUGCGGAUGUCGAUGCGUCAUGGACGCCCUACAAUGCCGCAAUGGUGCCUGCCCUACUCGCCUAG